AUGGCGGGAUUAGUCGCGAGCAACAAGCAGAGGGAGGGCGUGUUGCAGGCGACGAGCAAACGGUUUGUCGUGGCGGGCGGCGAGGUGGGCGGCGAGGCGGGCGGCGAGGCGGGCGGAACAGCGGGCGGCGAGGCGGGCGGAACAGGUGUGAAAUUGGAUCGAUUCCUUCCUUUUGCUGAGCACGGAGAACAGCACGGAAAAGAGCAGGGAGAAGAACACGAGGAAGAACACGGAGACGAACACGGAAAAAAACACAGAGAAGAACACGGAGAACAACACGGAAAAACAGGGAGAAGAACACAGAAGAACACGGAGAAAAACACGGAGAAGAACACGGAAAAGAACACAGAGAAGAACAGGAAGAAGAACACGAGGAAGAACACGCGCUUUAGGACGAGUGAAGUUCAGCUCGAUAAAUAUCCGGAAGGGGAAUCAUUCAUCCGAGAGAACACAACUCCCAGCAGGAAAGAAAGAGGCUCGGAAUCAGAAGCUAUAGUUUCUUGA